UGACUACACCCCAGGAGCAUUAUGGAUUUUACUAAUAUGGGUAUGAUACAAUUACAGAACCCCAACCACCCCACGGGCCUUCUGCUCAAAGCCAAUCAAAUGCGGCUGGCGGGGACCCUUUGUGAUGUGGUCAUAAUGGUAGAUACUCAAGAAUUUCAUGCCCACAGGACAAUAUUGGCUUGUACUAGCAAAAUGUUUGAGAUCCUUUUCCACCGAAGUAGCCAGCAUUACACUUUGGACUUUCUGUCGCCAAAGACCUUUCAGCAGAUUUUAGAGUAUGCUUACACAGCUACGCUACAAGCGAAGGUUGAAGACUUGGAUGACCUCUUGUAUGCUGCAGAAAUACUAGAAAUAGAGUAUUUAGAAGAGCAGUGCCUGAAGAUAUUGGAGACCAUCCAAAGUUCGGAAGAGAAUGAUGGAGAGCUUUGCUCAGGUGACAAAGCCUUGGAAGAUGACGAUGAUAGAAAGGCAAGGUUUAUCAAAAACAUGUUAAACACAAAGCAUUCCAGUGAAGAGAGUGGCUAUGCCAGCAUGGGAAACCAGAACAUGGUGGAUCAGAGUCCAUCAGUGUCCACAUCGUAUGGACUUUCAAGCAUGAGCCCAACCAAGACUGCUGUUGAUAGCUUGAUGACUAUUGGGCAAUCAUUACUUCAAGGAGCACUGCAACAAAAUGCACUAGACUUGCACUCCACCACUAGGCACCAGAGUCUUUCAGAGGUGAAGACAGAGGUCAUGCAAGUUGAUGAGGUCACAAAUCAAGACAGCCCAACGGCAGAGUCCAGUACCUCAGGUGGGGAAAAGUCUGAAGAUAAGAGCAAGGAAAGCCCAGGAACGCCAACACGUGGCAGCGUCAUAACCAGUGCUCGAGAUCUUAACUUAGGCCGUGAUGAGAAUGCUCCUGACCAGCCACCUGAGUUGGGUCAAGGUUUCCAUGUUGGACUUGAGCAUGCAGUCGCCAAUGCUGACAAGCAACUAAGCGUCUACUCCGUCCUCCCAAAUCACAAGGGUGAACCUAUGAUCACUGUGCCAACUUCUAUGGCAUCCGCUCUUCACAUGCAACCAACCCUAGCUGUGUCCAUGGACUUUAGUGCAUAUGGAGGACUUCUCCCACAAGGCUUUAUUCAGAGGGAGUUGUUCAACAAACUUGGUGAGAUUGCAGCUGGCAUGAAAAACGAUGCCAGAAAUCUCAAUGAGCACUGCAGUGUUUGUGGAGCACAUCUUCCGGACAAUGAUUCUGUGGAACAUCACAGGAAGCUGCACAGUGGAAUGAAGACGUAUGGCUGCGAACUCUGCGGAAAGAGGUUCCUUGACAGUUUGAGACUUAGAAUGCACUUGCUGGCUCAUUCAGCCGGAUCCAAGGCGUAUACAUGUGAGCAGUGUGGAUCUCAGUUUUCUAAAGAAGAUGCCUAUGAAGCUCAUCGGAGGACGCAUACAGGCUCUGAUAUGGCUGUGUUCUGCCUUCUGUGUGGGAAGCGCUUCCAGACGCAGACCGCUCUCCAACAACACAUGGAGGUCCACGCAGGUGUGAGGAGCUACAUCUGCAGCGAGUGCAACAGGACCUUUCCCAGCCACACAGCGCUCAAACGCCACCUUCGCUCACAUACAGGUGACCACCCGUACGAGUGUGAGUUCUGUGGCAGCUGUUUCCGGGACGAGAGUACACUGAAGGGCCAUAAGCGCAUCCAUACAGGAGAGAAGCCCUAUGAGUGUAACGGCUGUGGGAAAAAAUUCAGUCUCAAACACCAGCUGGAAACGCAUUAUAGAGUUCACACAGGUGAAAAGCCUUUUGAGUGCAAGCUUUGCCAUCAGCGCUCCCGAGAUUAUUCUGCCAUGAUUAAGCAUCUCCGGACCCACAAUGGGGCCUCCCCGUAUCAAUGUACCAUCUGCCUGGAGUACUGCCCCAGCCUAUCUGCCAUGCAGAAGCACAUGAAAAGUCACAAGCCAGAAGACAUCCCUGCUGAUUGGAGAAUUGAGAAGACCUACCUAUACUUGUGUUAUGUGUAAUGGUUUCUCUUUGGAUAAACCAAAAUAGCGGAGGGGGUUAAGUCAAAGGUUAUGUUUUGCAAGGGCAAGCAAUACAGAGAGUCUAAAGACCCACUGACAAGCAAAAAAUCAAACACAUCCACUGUGUUCGGUCAAUAGUAUGGAAAUAUCUGACAUAAUGGUGGCCAGUGGAGCAUGGGUUUUGAAGAGUUUCUAGCCUUUUUGUUGGUCUUCAAAUGAGACCUCAAGACAGGCUAUAGGACCACUUGCUUCUUAAACAUGUCAUUUUAUCACUAAAAUCACUGUCAGGAAAAUAAUAGCUACAUCUUUUGCCAAAUUCAUUUAUUUACAUCCUACGAUGUUAAUGGUUUUCCAGAUUGUUAGAAGCUAGGGACCAUUCUGAUGUCCAUUUAUUACAAAGAGGGGAAAAAAAGUGAUGUGGCAAGACUUAUCUUUCCAAAAGGGUUUGUAAAUAACAGUUAUGAAAUUGGAUGUUGGGAAAAUACAUUAGGAAUGAGUAUCCAUUAAAGGAUUGAUGUUGGUCCUGAUGCAUAUUAAUAA